AUUUUGUCGUCGAAUACCGAAUAAAGCGUCGAUUUUAGUUCCAUUUUGAGCAGCCAAUCAGCAUGCUAUUGUCAUCCCUUAUCUCUACGUGGCUUACUUCUUGAAUCGAGACGAAUGACUGCGCAAUCGAAUCAGUGAAACUUUAAACGACAGUUAGCAGUACCUGUGAAUUGUACAUGGACGCUCUGAGAGCCGUGGUCGUCGCUCUGUCACUACUAGGAGUGGCGAUAAUCUACUCGGAUAUUGUUGAAGAUGAGGCUGCAUUACCAACUCAGGAGUCAGAGUCUACCCCAUCCGUGGAUAUUAACGUGGAGGCUAUACUAUCUGGAGAGCUGCUAACAGGAGAAUCAGGUUCCUUUGAGUCGCCAAACUAUCCUACAGCUAACCACAAAUUGGACUAUGUUUGGCUUAUCAAAGUGGAACCCACCAAGGCUGUCAGAUUAGUUCUAAUUGAUUUCGACACUGAAACUGGAUUUGAUUACAUCAUUGUCCAUGAUGGUGACAGUACGGAACAUCCAGUGCUUUUGGUCCAUAGCGGAAAUUCUGUACCGCGUCCUAUUCGAUCUACUAACAAUAAAAUGCUUGUUCGCUUUGUCACGAAUAACAAGGGCACUAGCAGAGGAUUUCAUGCCAACUACUUUGCUGUUUCAUCAUGUUUCAAUGCCAUUCAAUCCUCAUCAGGCCUUAUCGCAUCUCCUAGUUUCCCAUUCAGUUACGACAGCAAUAUGCGUUGCGAAUGGCUCAUCACCGUGGGUAACUCAGAGAGAAUUCUAUUCGAAUUCUUGGAUGUAAAUACCGAAAAAGACUAUGAUGUCAUACAGAUUUACGAUGGGGAUAAUGAUGGAGCUCCACUCCUCCAAAGAAUCAGUGGGGAUCAUCGGACUGACGUUCUCUUCCAAGUGUCUACUUCCAACGUCGUAUUGGUUAGCUUCACUACCGAUGGAAGUAUUUCUGAAAACGGAUUUGCCGCAAAGUUUACAGCUGGAAAUCAUGCUGAUCUGAUGCAGUAUUUUAUGGAGGAGUAUCCUGAUUUUUUUGAAGAUUCGGAGGUAAACGCAGAAACAGAGGAAGAAAAGAGUGCCGGACAAGAAAUUAAAACCAUGAUAGCCGACGCCAUGAUGAUGUUUUAUGAGGAAGGACUUAAAUCCAGCAACAUCACUAACAAAGAGUAACUCCUUGUCAUCAGCAAUCUUUGUGAAGCACAAUAUCUUGCAUUUGGAUUGACGAAACAAUUAUUUAAACUAAUUUGAAUCAAAUGAUCGAUAGUAACCAUUGUGAAUUUCCAACAAAGUCGUUAGCUAUGCUGGUGCUGUUUCCCUUGUAAAGAAUUAUAUGGUCAACUAAGGUAACCCCAUUGACAGGUAAUUCAAGGAAGACCAUACAUUUUUUAAAUAAGAUUUGCAUGUACAAUACGAUUUCGUGAUAUUGAACGAAUUGACGGAGAGCUUCACUAUCACUUCGUCACGAAUGUCACUGCGUAGUUUACAUAAAUUUUGUUUUAAUUAUUA